UGUGCUAGCUCUCAUCUCAGCCGUUGUUUAAUCCAGGGAUGUGUUUACGGUAGUCUCUACCUCAGGCAAUUAUACCCGAACCACAGAACGAAAAGGUGCUCUAUUACGAAUUCAAAAUAGAAAAUGAGGGGAAAAGUUCUGUUUAAUGCAACGGGAAAACACUUCUUUUUUUUAAUUUUCCCCCUUAAUUCCCUAUGGACGCCCCAUGAAAUCCAAUCAGCUUCUUUGAAUACCGUGACGGCUAGCAGCAGCAGCACAGAUUCUAGCUACUCGUUUCACGCUUCGCAUCCUUUCUCACUACAAAAACCACUUCAAUUUCAUUUGUCUUUAGCAACCAUCCCAAAGUUCAUGGCUUUCAACUUCAUUUUGCUCUUUCUGAUCAUUGUUGCUAUAGUACCCUUUGCGAUCUCCCUGACUAACACCGAAGCACCGGCUCCUGCUGCCACUUCCUGCAAUGGGAUUUUUUUGUCCUACCAAUAUGAAGGAGGAAUCCAGCUUAAGCCCACCGAUCCCAUCCACCAGCCCUACAGAUUCGAGUCCACGCUGAGUAUACAAAAUAACGGGCUUGAUGAGCUCAAAUCUUGGAAGGUCUUUGUGGGUUUUAAGAAUGAUGAGUAUUUGGUCUCUUCAUCUAACGCUAUUCUUGCUGAUGGGACUAGCUUGCCUGCCAGCGUUGGUAAUGGGACUAUUUUUGCUGGGUACCCUAUGACUGAUCUUAAAACGCCAAUUGAGACUGCGGGGGAUUCCACUCAGACGUCGGUUCAGGUUAAGCUGUUGGGGACCCAGUUUGGUGUGCCUUUGAAGGAUGUGCCUUGGCCUUCUAAUAUCACGCUUGCUAAUGAUGGGUUUGUUUGUCCUAAGACUGCCAAGGAAGGUAGUGUGAUGCAUGUUUGUUGCACCAGAGAUCAGAACUUUAAAUCAAACAUCACUGUGGAGGAGGAAUUCCUGCCUCGCCAGAGUGGGGAUCUUACAAUUAUGUAUGAUGUAAUCAGAACAUAUGAUUCCAAUUAUUGGGCACAGGUUUCCAUUGAAAAUCACAAUCCCCUUGGUCGUCUUGAUAACUGGAAAUUGAGCUGGGACUGGAUGAUGGAUGAAUUUAUCUACACCAUGAAAGGGGCUUAUCCCUUUGUUGUUGAUUCAUCUGACUGUAUAUUUGGCCCACAAGGUACAUACUAUAAGGAACUAGACUUUGCCAAUGUACUGAACUGUGAAAGAAGGCCAACAAUCAUUGACCUGCCUCCAAUGAAGUAUAAUGACACAACUCUUGGGCUGAAGCCGUUUUGUUGUCGAAAUGGUACAAUCUUGCCACCAUCAAUGGACCCAAGCAAGUCAAUUUCAGUUUUCCAGAUGCUGGUUUUUAAAAUGCCUCCAGUUCUUAAUCGGUCUGACCUAACACCGCCACAAAACUGGAAGAUCAAUGGCACACUUAACCCUGAUUACCAAUGUGGUCCCCCAGUAAGAGUGAGCCCUAGCCAAUUCCCAGACCCAAGUGGCUUAGCAUCAAAUUCAACUGCAGUUGCUAGCUGGCAGGUAGUAUGCAAUAUCACUUAUCCCAAAGGUGUAAGCCCCAGAUGCUGUGUAUCAUUUUCUGCUUACUACAAUGAUUCUGUUGUCCCAUGCAAUACCUGUGCAUGUGGAUGCGCUAGUAACACAGCAAGAACUUGUAGUGCAACUGCUCCAGCUGUUCUUCUUCCACCAGAGGCACUGCUUAUACCUUCUGAUAAUCGAACUGCCAUGUUUAGAGCUUGGGCUGACCUUAAACAUCGAACAGUGCCAAACCCAAUGCCCUGUGGAGAUAAUUGUGGGGUUAGCAUCAACUGGCAUGUUUAUACAGAUUAUUCCCGUGGAUGGAGUGCAAGGAUCACAAUCUUCAACUGGGAUGAAAUUGCAUUUCCUGAUUGGUUUGCUGCAGUAAAAUUGGACAAAGCAGCUACUGGGUUUGAAGCAAUGUAUUCAUUCAAUGGAAGCAUGGUGAAGGGCGUUAACAAUACCAUAAUCUUGCAAGGCCUUCCAGGGUUGAACUAUCUUGUGGCUGAAACUGAUGGAGCUGACCCACAAAAGGAUCCUAGGGUGCCCGGAAAACAGCAGUCUGUGAUCUCAUUUACAAAGAAAUCUACGCCUGGACUCAAUGUGGCUGCUGGAGAUGGGUUUCCGACUAAAGUAUUCUUCAAUGGGGAGGAGUGCGCACUUCCUAAAAUAUACCCAACAAGCAACAGCAAUAGAAGGGAGCCGACCAUGAUUUUGUGGAUCUUCCUAGCAACUAUGGUGUUCAUGCUGAUGUGGCAGUAGCUGUCAGAUGAGAAGUUGCUUGGUAUUAAUGUGGCUUCUAAUUCUUUUCAUUCUUUCAGGAUUUAAAUGUACACAUGCUCAUCCUGAUCCAGGAGGUUUCACAUUGCCAGAAUUUCCAGAAGAUAUGCACCCCAAGCUUGUUAUCUAUAUUAUAUAGAUUGUUGCCAGUGGGUGUGAUGUUCUCGGCACAUUCUGGAUGGAUAACAUAUACUAUACCAUGAGAGCAUUGUUUAAAGCGAAUGUAAAAUUUGAUAUCAUGUGUAGGAUUGAACAGUGUUAGUAAUUGAUUAGUUUCGUUUCUUGUGGUUUCAUUAUUCUUACUUUGUGAGGUUGUCUAACGAUGGUAGACGCUUAAUGUUCAUUAUUAAGCCUGCAUCUUUUGAAAGCAGGUUAAUGGCUCUGAAUGUGAAAUGUAGUGGAUAUGACGAUUCUCCAGACUCAAA